UUUUACGGAGAGGGCCAAAAAGAGGAGCAAAACUCUCGCGGUUCCGCUUUUUCCUCUCAGAUUUCGUGUUUCGCAACGGAGCGGUAAAUGUUAAUUUCGUGAUCUGCAAUGAGGGAAGUCCGGAGGAAUUGAGAAAAGCUAGGGAUUUGAAUUUAAUAUGUGUGAUUUUUUGGGUCAUCUUCCUUGGUUCCAUUAGAGGGUGCAAUAAUUCUUUUUCUAGCAAGAGCUUUUAUAUUGAACUGUAGGGAUGGCUGAGGAGGCUCACAAGGUCACGUUAAAUGUGUAUGACUUGAGCCAAGGACUAGCUCGGCAGCUUUCAAUGACCUUCUUAGGGAAGGUUAUUGAGGGAAUCUGGCAUACUGGAGUUGUGGUUUAUGGUAAUGAAUACUAUUUUGGCGGAGGAAUCCUACAUGCUCCUGUUGGGACGACACCAUAUGGGACACCGAUUAGAGUGAUAGAUUUAGGUGUCACUCAUGUGCCGAAAGAUGUGUUUGAGAUGUAUUUGCAGGAGAUUAGUCCCCGUUACACAGCUGAGACCUAUAGUUUGCUCACCCACAAUUGCAACAACUUUAGCAAUGAGGUUACCCAAUUUCUAGUUGGUUCUAAUAUUCCAGACUAUAUUUUGCAGCUUCCUAAUGAAGUUAUGAGCAGUCCGAUGGGUGCACUUUUAAUGCCCAUGAUACAGAAUUUGGAGACAACUUUGAAGGCUGGUGCUGUUCCUCAAGUUCCCCAAUUCAGGUCUUCUGUGUCUGCUCAGCCCUCUCAGUCCACAACUGUCAACCUGAGCAGGUCCUCUGACAGUACUCAUCAAAAAGAGGAUGGCAAUAAGGAAAAAGCUGGGGAGCAACCCAACUCCGCGGAAGUCAUGAAAUCAGAAAAGACAACGCUACCUGCCAAACCAACCCGAGCAGAAGAAAAAUCAUCAACCAACGGAGCUGCGACAGACCCUCUUGGGGAUGCUCGAGCCAAGGUCCAAGAAGAGAUAAGCCGUGAAUUUGCUGCAAUCAUGGCUACUGGAACAUUGCGUGCUAGUGAGGCAGCAGCACUUGCAACUAGGAAAGUGAUGCAGAAAUACGGCCGCGUGAAUGUUUCUAUGCCACAGGGUUAGAAACAGGAAAGACAAAAAUAUGGAAAUUUGGAUCUGGACGCCCAUUUAAAAAACGAAAUUAUUUAUUAUUCGACUUAAUCGUCAUUUAAAAAAUGAUUUGAAUUUAAUUGAAUCAAAUUGUUGGAAGGUAAAGGUCUGAAAGACCUAACAUUAUUUACAAGUUUAGGGUCUCAGAGACCUAACACUAUUUACAAGUUUGCACUGUAUUGAUGUUAAGCUGUCAACUGGGUCGAUGUUUGGAACAAACGAGGCGUAUUCAUGCAUGUGCAAUAUAUUUUGCCAGCUUAUAGUUUGUUAAA